AUGCGCUACCCCACCAUCUCCGCCUUCCUCCUCGCCACCACCCUCCCCACCGCCAUGUCGGCGUCCGUCCGGCUGGACUCCCCGUCCGAGACGGGCGAGCACAUGCCGUGGCGCCGCCUGGCCGACGAGCUCGACACCCCGACCCGGGAGGAGCUCUCGGCCCUUGACGCCGACGAGGCUGGGGGUGUGGGCAGCAGCAGCCCCAUCGCCCAGAACCCGCCCACCUUCGUGCUGCGGCGCACCAACUCGGACGGCCAGUCCGUGUCGUCCGACUCGGCCGGCUCGGCCCUGUCGGACGCGGACCUGGCCUCCAUCCUGGCCGUCAGCGGCGGCAGCAGCGUCUACGAGCGGUCCAUCGACGAGCGCGACGACGGCGGCGACGGGUCGGCCCAGUCGUGGGCCAGCCGCCGCCGCCGCUCGCUCAGCGCCCUCGUCAGGCGCGCCUGCCGGCCCUCCCACCACGGCCAGGACCCAAAAUACCGCCACUCCAGCAACUGCGAGCGCUCCGCGCCCCCCGCCGAGGGGGAGGCCGAGGGGGAGGCCGAGGCCGAGGCGCCCGACCAGCAGAUCCGCUCGCUGGUGUCGGACAAGCCGACGUUCGAGGGCGCCGUCAAGGAGGUGUUUUACUCGCACGAGGCCAAGCGCGGUGUCGCCGGCUGGGUCUCGCGGAGGCGAGCGCGGAGCAACGCCAGCGCUUGA